AUGGUGUCUAGAACAGUACUUAUUUUCUGCGCACAAGCUUUAUUUAUCCAGUGUAUGUCAGCUUACGUCUGCGAACCCAAAGUUUACGAAGCUGAAAUCCCUUGCGCUAGAGGAGCACCACUAUCCGCUUUCAACCCAGCAUCUCUCGCAGCAUCAAACGGCGGUAGCUUCACCAUCACCAGUUCAUCACCAAUAUCACCAACGGGAGUCACCAUGAAAUCUGACAACGCUUACGAAGGCCCUGUCAACGUCGGCGGUGAAGUCCCGUUCCUCGGUGCUGUGGCGAUAAUUCAGGCCCAAUAUAUAAACAACCCAGGACUGAAUCCGGGACUGAUUGGCAACCCCAAUUACCCUGGUAACUUGGCAUACGGAAACGCAGCUUAUGGCAACGCUAACUUUGCCAACGGAAUGGCUCUGGCAAACGCAGAAGCUAUGUCAUUAAACAAUUUAGCUUAUGGCAACUCGCUUUCCAAUGGCAUGUCGAUGAACCCUGCUUUUGCUAGCAUGGCAUCAUAUGGUCCAGAGACAGGAGUCUUCAAUGGUGGUGGUUUAAUGGUGACCAGUUCUUCGCCUAUAGCACCAAGCGGUGUGACUGUGCAGUCUGAGAAUUUGUUGGUAGAAGGGCCAUUGGCAGUGACUGGGCAAUUGCCAUUUUUGGGAGUAGUAUCUGUGGAAGGACCUCUAUCAGCUACUGGAGAGGGUGCAGUGUCAUACGGCUGUGGCAAUGGCAACGUGGGAAUCGUUGGCGAAAACUCAAAUGGCAUUCCUGCUGCUGGCAUCCCCAAUAAUGGCAUUGGCAAUAUUGGCUUCAAUGGCAUGAAUAUGCCAGGCAGAGCCUUUACGGGUAACGGUUUGGGAGGUUUUUAA